UGUGGCUCAUUUAACCGCUGUCAGUGCGCAUCACAUGGCCGCCGCUGUAACCAACUUCUCCAACUCCAACAGAGAAAGUGGCUCAAAGGCGCAUUCUGUCACAUUUGGAUAAGAAGCGACCCCAAGACCGAAGCCUGAGUGAAAUAUUGCGUGGACAAUAUUUUUUUAAAUAUAUUUAUGCCUUCUCGGAUUAAUUUUCAUCUCAAGUUUGUUUCAUUAAGGGGCGCGAAUAAUAAUUUUGUGACCCAGUCAUCGUCGGCUACCCCGUACCAACUUGUGCGCGCCUGACCUGAUCUUAAAACAAGUUUUUUUUUUUCUCUCUGUUGGUGGUGAAGUUUAAAACUAGGGUGAAUGUAUAGCAUGAUGAUGGAGACUGACCUUCAUUCCCCCGGCCCCCAAACGAACACGAGUACGGUGCCAACGGGGCCGAACGGCGGCUCCAAAGCGAGUCAGGAACGCGUGAAGAGACCCAUGAACGCGUUCAUGGUGUGGUCCCGGGGCCAGCGGAGGAAGAUGGCACAGGAGAACCCCAAGAUGCACAACUCGGAGAUCAGCAAGCGCCUGGGCGCCGAGUGGAAGGUGAUGUCCGAGGCGGAGAAGCGUCCCUUCAUCGACGAGGCGAAACGGCUGCGAGCCAUGCACAUGAAGGAGCACCCGGAUUACAAGUACCGGCCGCGGCGGAAGACGAAGACGCUGCUGAAGAAGGACAAAUACUCACUGGCCGGCGGGCUGCUUUCUGGGCCCAGCGGUGGCGUCGGUUUAAGCGUCGGCAUGAGCUCAUCCGGGGUCGGACAGAGGUUAGAGAGCCCCGGGGGUCACGGAGGCUCCGCUGGCUCCGGCUACGCGCACAUGAACGGCUGGGCAAACGGUGCCUACUCAGGGCAGGUGGCCGCAGCUGCUGCGGCCGCUGCGAUGAUGCAGGAAGCGCAGCUCGCCUACAGCCAGCACCCCGGCAGCGGGGCGCACCACCACCACCACCACUCGCACCACCACCACUCUCACAACCCGCAGCCCAUGCACCGCUACGACAUGACAGCCCUGCAAUACAGCCCCAUCUCGAACUCUCAGAGCUACAUGAACGCCUCUCCUUCCAGCUACGGCGGGAUCACCUAUACGCAGCACCAGGGCUCCGGCGUCUCCUCCUCGGCCGCCAUGGGGACGCUGGGGUCGCUGGUGAAGACGGAACCGAGUGUGAGUCCACCCGUCGGCGGCACGCACUCCCGGGGUCCCUGCCCUGGAGACUUGAGGGAGAUGAUAAGCAUGUAUUUACCGACCGGGGAGCCGGGGGACCCGUCCAUGCAGAGCAGACUGCACGCCUUGCCGCAGCAUUACCAGAGCGCCGCGGCUGGAGUGAACGGGACGGUCCCUCUGACGCACAUUUAGAACUGACAGAAAAUACCUGCAAACUGCUACUGAACACAUAACCAAAUAUUUACCUCUUUUCUAAAUAACCCCGCUCCCCAGAGCUCCAUGCAUUUUGUACAGAAUGUUUAUGAUAUUGUAAAUGAAUGGGUAAAUAAUUAUCAUCUCGGCUGUUCCCCCAAGUGGAAAUAUAUAUAACGAAUAUGACGCUGAGAAAUUAAUAAUUGUGCUACCAUCUGUUUGCUCAUCACUUCACACUCUUAUUUGAAGGGGGACGCCAGGUUCCCAUGCAUAGGAGGGUCUUUUAUUUGCUUCAAUUCUCACAUAAUUUUUCAGUUAAGUAAUUGUAAGUUAUUUAAAAGUGAGAAAACGUCAUAUUCAUGAAACAGUGCUUUAAAAGACAUGGAGAAGAACUCAUUCCUUAAAUACUUGUGUUCAUUUGCAGAAGCCUGUGUCUUAGUUCCUUGGAGGUCAUCUCUUUUUAUUGUGACAUUCUAAUUAAUGUAAAUUGUGAAUAAUUUUAAUAUUUCCACAGAAUGACGGACAACCCGCUGUUGUAAUUUAAGCGCUUUUCUGCGGGUGAAAAGCCCCUGAUAUUGCAAUGAAGAAUAAUUGAAUAAAUUUCGCAAGAUGUUGCUUUGAUUCCUAAAAGGGCGGUCUUAGAUUGAUUAUUUAUUCACGUUUUCUGACAAAAGAAUAUUUUCUAGCCGAGUAAAGUAAAAAUACUUCUUUUCGAAUUGCUCCGGCACUUUGAGACCAUUUGUGGAACAAGAGUUUUACUAUGUGUUUUAUCAUUUUUAAGGUAUUACUUUAAUCAGAAUUUUGCUCCCAAAGAAAAAAGGAAUACCCCUUUCCUCUAUUGCACACACAUCCUAAGUAUAUUAUUGUAUAUUUUAAAAGAUUUAAAAUGUAUGUUAUACCCUAAAUUAAGGCUAAUAUCGAUGCUCUCCUCAUAAAAAUGUGCAUGUUUGUUUAAUUUAUGAAAUAAUUUCAUACAGAAAAGGCCUCUGAUAACCACCUGUUAAUUUUCCUAACAUUUCAUGUUGGGGAUUUGGAUUUUUUAAAUUAAAAUUUACAUGGAAUUUUUUCGUUUUCCUCCACUUAAGAG